AUGGAUUGGAAUCCUCUACCAAACAAACAAUUUAACGCUUCAUUUUCUCGUCUAAAAUAUUUUUGCUGUUCAAUUAAUUACAAUUUAUAUUUAAAUCGACGACAAAAUAAACAGUCUUCUCUAGCCUGUUUUCGUAAUAUUAAAAGGUUUACUUUGACUUUUGUUUUGCUAAUUUUUUGUUCUUCUCUUGUGUCAAUAAUUAUUUUGUUUACUUAUUUGUUGACGGAUGUUAUUAAUUUGGAGACUUUUAGCAGUUUUUAUUUACAGAAUAAUUAUUUAUUUACACAACCUCAACAAUUGGAAAUCCAAAAUUUUCUUUUAACAUCACCACAAAUUGAAGAAACAACUAGGCUAAAAGAAGAACAAAUUGCUUUGCUUGUUUUUUGUGCUAAAAGGCCUAUAGCGAUUAAAAAUCAUUUGGAACAAUUAAAUAGGUUACGUCCAUCACCAGAAUUAUUUCCAAUAUUUGUAAGUCAAGAUGGAUUUAAUAUUGAAGUGACUAAUACAAUUAAAGAAUUUAAUUCCAAAAUUAAUUAUUUUACUCAUUUACAGCAUCCAGAACAAAAAUUACCUCCAGCUAAGGCCAAAGACAAUUAUUUUAAAAUAUCUCAACAUUACAAAUGGGCAUUGGACAAAAUAUUUUUGGAAAACGGGUUUAAGACGGUUAUUAUUACUGAAGAUGAUUUGGAUAUUGCUUCAGAUUUUUUUUAUUAUUUCAAUUCAACUAAACCUUUACUUUAUUCUGACCCUACAAUUUGGUGUAUCUCUGCUUGGAAUGACAAUGGAAAUCCUUCUUUAGUUGAUUGGCAUGGAGGAAUAAAUAAAUUGUGGAGAACAGAUUUUUUCCCAGGUUUGGGGUGGAUGUUGACAUCUCAACUUUGGAUUGAAUUGAGAGAAAAUUGGCCUGACAUUUAUUGGGAUGACUGGCUUCGAAACAACAAUAUACGCCAAAAUCGUGUUUGUAUCAGACCUGAAAUUUCUCGUACUUUACAUAAUUUAACUGUUGCUGGAAAAGGUUCUAGUGGACUUCACGAUAAAACAGCUUCCUUCUCUCAAAAUGACCUUCAAAAAUUGGAAAAACAAAAUUUUGAUAAUCGGAUGCGUUUAGAGUUGGAAAAUUCUAUUCAACUUUCUUUACAACAAGUUUUGGAUGGAAAAUACAAACAAUACCAACACCAAAAGAACCUUAAAAAGCCUUCAUUUAUUGUUCGUAUUAACGAUCCCCGUGAAUAUCGAAAUUUAUCAAAAACUUUCAAUUUAAUGGCUGAUAUACGUGCGGGAAUGAUGAGGACUGCUUAUUUGGGGAAACCCAUGAAAUGUCCCUAA